AUGAGUGAAACUGAUGAUGAAGCUCAAACUUCGAGAGAAGAAGACGUUCUUGCUUACGAAAUAUUCUUUUGGAUCAUUCACGGCAUGAGCGAUAAAGGAGUUGUGAAGGUCAGCGAGCUACGAAAGCUCUAUCAAAAAGCCGUCAUGAAGAACAGAUCAAUUCAAUAUCGAAGCCUCCAGGAAAUGUUGAAGAUCGUUAACAAAAAUUUGGCCCAGUGGCAAGGAUGGGAUGCAGUGUUGCAAGACGAUCGUCUAACUUAUGUGAAUUUGAACGAACAGAAGACUUUCAAGGCGAACGUGGCGAGUGAAACUGAAAGAACUCUUGGAGUUCUUAAAAAUGCGCUUAUGUACAUUUUUGUGGCCACCAAACCGAAUUCAACACAUCCAGGAGUGACACAUGAGGAACUAAUGAGCUACAUGGAAGCAUCGAUGUCGACUCACCCUGACCAUAAGCUAACCAGUGAGCACAUGGAACUUCUGACGAAACAGAUCGCUCCCAACGCACGUGCAGAUUUCAUCAGAAAGGGUUAUCUUGCUUUCACCAAAGCUAUGAAUGAAAACGAGGAAGAAGUAUUCCGAUAUGAGUGGGGACCGGCCGCUCUCCAAACAGUGGAUCCCGUACAUCUGGUCCAAAUGUUUCAAAAGCUCACUGGAGUGGAUGCAACACAAUUGACUGAACAACUGGAGAGAGCAAAAGAAUUGAAAGCGAAACAAAUAGGAGAAGUCAAGGUUGGUAUUAUCUUUAGUGUAACUAAUUCUAAAGAAUUUCAAUUUUAUUUUCAGCGAGGUGCAGUUCUGCCUACACGAGGAAAGCAAAUCUAA